UUACAUUUUUUGACACAUGAUUUUGUAGGAAAUGGGGAAAAGCGAGUCAAGCAUAGGUGGCAAACUAAGACGCCAAAAGGUCCUAAUGAGCUUAAGCUUGAAGCCGCGGCUGCUAGGAAGAAAGGCCCAAAUAUCACACCAGUGACUCAAAGUGACGAUGGGGUUAGAUCAAAACCAUGUUACUUAAAUUGCAAUAUGUCAAUUGCAGAGAUAUGUUGGGCCAUCGCAUUGACACGUCUUCUCCAGGCUAUUUACAACAUAACUCGAGAUAAUAUAACUAACCGCAAAAGCUUCCUUCAUGAUGACCUCGUCGUGCAUUUGAAGACGAAAAAAAAUCCAGGCAAACGACCGGCGUCGUUGAAACUUCAGAACCUUAAAGAUGCUAUUAAACAUAUAGCAGUUAAUGGAUUGCUUAAAAUUAAAGCAACGGGAGUUACAAAGGCUGGGAGCGAGAUUGGAUAUCAUGGCAAGUGGAACUUUUCAAUGGAGAAAUGUCCUUCAGUGGAUUUCAUCAAGUCCAAAGUUGAUAUCUCUCCAGUUGUCAUAUCGUUUGAUAUAGCUGACGAAUUCCAUUUCAUUGGCAAUGGUAUCUACAAGGUAAGCGGCGUAGAUAUGGAAGAUGGCGAAGUAGAGGGGCACGCAGUUCUCAUUGUCGGCUAUGGCUACACCAAAGACAAUCGACUAUUCUUUUUGAUUCAGAAUAGUUGGGGAGAAGAUUGGGGUGUGAAAGGUUUUGGACGAAUCUUCAUAGAUGACAUAUCCACGACCACACUUGUUUAUCCAAAUAUCUAACUUGACCAGAUUUGGGUCAGGCCUAGUUACUUGAGAGAUUUGGUUCUUUUUGGUUUUUGUCUUCUUAUUCCCUAACUGUUACUAGCAAUGGGAACCAAGUAUUUUUAUUUAAACG